CGCGCCCGGGAACCAGCCAAAACGGGAGGAGCAUAUUGGCGGCCAUUUCAUUUCUUGCAAACUAAGCUACACGCGGAGCGAACAUCUAGAUUCCCUUUGGUCGCUUAUAUAUACCCCUCCCCGUCGCCGUGACCCAUUCCCCCCUCCCUCCCCCGGCCGCUACGUCGUACGUCUCGCGCCUCGCCCAUCUCCAUUAAUCGCCGGAAGCGCUAGCUUCUGAGGUUCUUAGACAGACGAUCGAUCGAGAGGCUGGAGAGAUCAAUUGGGCGUUUGGGUGUACAUGAACCUGACGUUGAGUCUAGGCGUCAAUGGUGGCGCCGCUGCGGCCAAGAAGCGCAAGGUGAUGGACGGCGUCGGCGACGUUGGCGUCCUCGGCGCCGGUGACGGCGGUGACCGCGCCACUGUCAUGAGGCUCCUCCAGGCCAGAGAUCGCAUGGUGAAGGUUGAGCUUGAUCACGACGACGGGGACGUGAGUGACCGCGGAGCCUCGCCGCUGAUGCGCUUGCUCCUCUCGUCGGCGGCCGCCGGGGAGGUCGGCGACAUGCACGCAGCGGCCAUGGCCUUGCAGGAGGUCUACCGGCACGCGUCCUUCCGCGGCGGCGACCCCGCCCAGCGGGUCGCAUCCUACUUCGCGGACGCGCUGGCGUCGAGGCUCCUGCUGCCGCCGCCGGCGAAGGCGAAGACGACGACGACGACGACUCGCGAAGAGCAGUUCCUGGCGUUCACCAUGUUCUACCAGGCGUCCCCGUUCUACCAGUUCGCGCACUUCACGGCGAACCAGGCCAUCGUGGAGGCGUUCGAGGCCGGCGGCCGGCGCCGCCUCCACGUCGUGGACUUCGACGUCUCGUUCGGCUUCCAGUGGCCGUCCCUGAUGCAGUCCCUUUCCGACGCCGCCACCACAAGCUCCUCUCUAUCCUCCCAGGACGACAGCGGCGACUGCUGCGACGAGCCGGUGUCCCUGCGCAUCACCGGGUUCGGCGCGAGCGCCGACAAGCUGCGGGACACGGAGGCCCGCCUCGCCCGCUUCGCGGACGGCUGCCCCAACCUACGGUUCGAGUUCGAGGGCGUCGUCAACAACGGGCCGGAGGAGGGCCGCCAUGAGCGCAUAACGACCGACCCCGCCGCGACGGUGGUCGUCAACCUGGUGUUCCCGGCCGCACAGAACGUGAGGCAGAGCUCAUGGGAUCCGCGCAGCGCAUCGGCUCACAUCCGGUCUCUGAACCCGUCCUUGGUCUUCCUGAUCGACAAGGUCGACGAAGGCAACGGCGGCGUUAAAGGCGCCGGAAGAUGCGGAAGCGCGAGCCUGCUCCCGCGGUUCGCGGCCAACCUCCGGUACUACGCGGCCGUGUUCGAGUCGCUGCACGAGUGCCUCCCGGCCGACAGCGCUGAGAGGAUCGCCAUCGAGAGGGACCACCUCGGCGUGGAGAUCAGCGACGCAAUGGCCUCUCUGGACCGUCGGCGCCACGACGGCGAUCGCGCGGCGGACAAGGUGAGUCGCGGUUGGAAGGAGAGGCUGGAGAGCGCGGGGUUCGAAGACGCGAGGCUGAGCUCGAGGACGGUGAGCCAGGCGAAGCUGCUGCUCAAGAUGAAGAGCGGCGGGUGCGGCGGCGGCGGGUUCCGCGUCAUGGAGGCCGGCGACGGCAAGGCCAUGGCGCUGGGGUGGCGAGACAGGGCCCUCAUCACGGCCAGCGCGUGGCGGCCGUGCCGGCAAUCGGUCGGCAAGAACGAGCCCUGAAACACGCGCCCAUUCAUUCAUUCAGUACAUAGAUAUUGUGAUAGACCGUGUGCUCAUCCGAUUCUUCUUGGUUUCUUCUUCAUUGGUUCCUUAUUGGCAGAGAGAGAGAGCUUGAUUCUUAGUUUCUUUUCUCUUGAUUUCUUGAGUGAUAUAUACAUGUAUACUCGUACAAGUAAAAGGAGGUUAUAUACAGCUGAUAUCAUAUUCAUACGUACGUUCAUAUACACAUGAA